GACAGCCGCCUGCGCGGGUCGUCAUGCUGUCAACCAGGCGCCUGGGUCUGGUCUUGCUACCGCUGAGGCGUCUCCGGAGGUGGCCAGGGUUCGGGACCUGUCCAUUCCUGCUCUGCCUUGGGCAAGAGCCCUUCGAGAGAGCCCGGUUAUUGUGUUGCAAAUUCUCGUCUAGAGACGCGCGAGAUGAAGAAGGAGAGCGCGAGGCGGCACAGAGGAAAGCCCCAGACGUAGAGUCGUCUCCAUCUCUCCCUCCGCUCGUCCGGGGACUUGGGACCAGAUGUCUUUCGUCACUGGAAAGCCUCAGACUACCGACGCCGCGAAAGGAGUCACCCCCUCGAAAGCGCGAGGGCUCGAGUGAAGACCAGGGCCAGUCGGGUCCCGCACACCAGGGAUCCGGCGGUCCCUCGCUGCCCUGCGUGGCCCAGUCUGCCACCAAGGAUGACGAACUUCACGUCUCCUCUUCCUGGUCAACUACCCAAGAGGUGCCUUUUCGGGCUGGGGAGCUGAUUUUAGCUGAGACUGGGAAGAGAGAAACACAAUUUAAAAAAUUAUUUAGGUUGAGCAAUGCCGGACACUUAAAUAGUACCUGGGGGGCAGUCCCGUUCAGCGAGAUCGUGGGGAAGUUCCCCGGCCAGAUACUGAGGAGUUCCUCUGGUAAGCACUUCAUGCUGAGGAGGCCAGCAUUGGAAGACUAUGUAUUACUGAUGCAAAGAGGGCCUGCCAUAACAUAUCCUAAGGAUAUGAAUAUGAUACUGUUGAUGAUGAAUAUCCACCCAGGUGAUACUGUUUUGGAAGCUGGCUCGGGCUCUGGUGGAACGAGCUUGUUUUUAUCCAAAGCAGUUGGAUCACAAGGACGAGUCAUAAGUUUUGAAAUUAGAAAAGACCACCAUGAACUGGCUAAGAAGAAUUACAAACACUGGCGUGAUUCAUGGAAAAUGAGUCAUGUAGAAGAGUGGCCAGACAACGUGGAUUUUAUUCAUAAGGAUAUUUUAGGAGCAACUGAAGACAUAAAAUCUUUAACAUUUGAUGCGGUAGCUUUGGAUAUGUUGAAUCCUCAAGUUGCUUUGCCUGUUUUAUACCCAAAUCUUAAACAGGGUGGUGUAUGUGCUGUGUAUCUAGCAAACAUCACACAGGUUAUUGAACUUUUAGAUGGAAUUCGCAUCUGUGAACUUGCCCUCUCAUGUGAAAAGAUAAGUGAAGUUAUUGUCAGAGAUUGGUUGGUUUGCCUUGCAAAACAGAAAAAUGGAAUUUUACCUCAAAAAGUGGAACCUAAAAUCAACAGAGAUUUACAAUUACAUUCUCAAAAGAAAAUUAGAAUUGAAGGUGAGAUGUUUCAAGAAGAUGACCAUGAAGAAUCACAUUCUGAUUUUCCCUAUGGAUCAUUUCCCUAUAUUGCUAGACCUAUACACUGGCAAACUGGUCAUACAGAUUGCAUAAUGGAAUGUCUUGUGCCUGCCUACGUGACCCAGGACUAAGGUUUGGUAUACUGCUUUUUUCCCUUGGCUUCACUCUAAAAUCUGGGGAGUCCUCAGAUAAUACAUAAUAAUAUGUACGCAUGUCUCAGAUAUACUAGCCUAGGUUAAGACAGCAUAAGGUAAAGAGAAACAAUAUAGUUCAGUAAGUAUAAAAAUGUGCUGUCUAUUCAGAUAGAACUGGGUUCUCAUCUUGCUGUUUUCAUUGUUGCUGUUUUACUUUGCAGCUGUGACUUUUCUGAGUUUGUUUCUUCAUCAGUAAAAUGAAUGUCAUAGUGGCACUUCAGGAUUUCUUGUGGGGGGUCAGGUGUUAAAUGAGACUACCUUUAUAAGGUGGCUAGCACGUGAUUGGUGAUUGUGAUGCAUGUAAGUUUGUAAAGAAUGCCUCAUCUAUCUCAUCUCUCUCAUCUAUCUCCCAUCUAUCUAUCUCCCACAACCUUAUCAAAAUCAACUAUUUUAUUCUUAGUAAAUGUCAUAAACAUGUUUAUGUAAAACUUGUUCGUUGAACGUGUUGUUUUGAGAAAAAAUCUUAAGGCAGAAAAACAUGUUUUUAACCUGAAAAGCAAGAAGUUGCUUGCGUUUGAAAGAAGGAUGGAAGCAUCGAUACCAGCUAUUGGUAAGUUUUAUCAUAAAAGCCUAAGCAGAGCAUCAGCUCUUUGUGUCUCUCCUGGAGAAUGAAUUGAGUUGUCUGUAGCCACAAACCUUAAGGUGAUUCCAACCACCUUAUAUAGACUGGAGGAAGAAAGUUUUGCUGGUAGAGGCCAUUUACUGAGCAUCAAAACAGCUGCUGAGGCAGUAAGAGACCACUGUUCCUGAUAAUACCAUGUUACCCUUAAUCCUCUCCACCCCCCGUUAGCCCACUGACUUGUUAAGCUUACUGAGGGAAAAUGAAUGUAAACGUUUAUUGGUCAAGUGUAUGUAUGACCAAUAAUUUUUCUUUGUAUUGCCUACCCUCUGUCAUCCUGAAACAAUAGGUUUUACAUUUAACCUUGAAUUCCCACUCAGAACAAAACACAAAUGAGUAAAUACUUAUUUCUUCCUAUAAAGGACCUAUAUAUCCUAAACCAGGGUGUCAGGGCUUUCAUCCAGGGACAGGAAGAAAGCACAGUUCCAUUUACAACUGCCCCACUUUUCAUCCAAAAUCCCUCAAAGACCUGCUUUCCUUUUUUUCCUCGAAGCAAGCUGACUAGCAGAGCCCCUUACACCCUGGGUGCACUCUGAUUUCCCAUUGAAAUAUCAAAGCCUAAACAUAGGGUGUGACUACUUUUGAUAUCUAAGGCAUUAGUUUGAAUAAAAUAUAAGUGCUUCUGUUCUGCUUUCGUUAAAUAUGUGUUCAAAUUAUGGUUGGAAUUCUCUCCCAGUUCACUCCAUACAACCUUUCAUCAGGGACUUUGUUCUUUUUUUUGUUUGUUUAAUCUAAUUAAUUUUUUUAUACAGCAGGUUCUUAUUAGUCAUCAAUUUUCUACACAUAAGUGGAUACAUGUGAAUCCCAAUCGCCCAAUUCAUCCCACCACCACUACCACUUCCCUGCGGCUUUCCCUCCUUGGUGUCCAUACGUUUGUUCUCUAC